CUGGCCGGGGGGCGGAAAACCACGAUGGAGCGGCGACGACAGGCAGCUGCGUAGCUUCAACCGGGAACAGAGUUGCAUCAAACCCUCGUCAGCUUGCACACAGUACCUGAGCACGGAGAGGACGAGCACGAUAUGCAGUCAUGAAGCGGGUUCGCACUGAGCAGAUCCAGUAUGCGGUGGCUCAGUACCUAAAGCGGAGGCAGUAUGUGGACACUGACGGCUCCUUGAAAGGUGCCAAGCUCUUCCAGUCAGCUGAGGAGAUGGCUGCCAGCCUCACAGUGCAGACAGAGUCGGGAUGUGCCAACAUCGUCUCCGCUGCACCCUGCCAGUCCGACCCACAGCAGUAUGAGGCUCAGUACUCGAGGCUGCGCUCCUUUCUGUCAGAGACAGAAAUCUCCUGGGCGAAGGAGGUGAGCAGCGUCCUCUACCCGCUCUUCGUCUACCUCCAUCUGGACAUGGUGCACUGUGGCCUGAAAGGGGCGGUAGAUGGUUUUUACAGUCGUUUCCACAGCGCCUUUCUUCAGGACAGCGAGCAGCGUGCCAUCAUCGAGCAGCUCCGCCAUGUUCUCACUGCUCAGGAUGUUGCAGCCAACCCCAAGCUGAGUGCCUUCCUGGAGCACAAGUAUGUAGUUCACCUGACAGAGCCGGCCUACAGCUACCUGCUGCGUUACCUGCAGAGUGAAGACAACAGCGCCCUCUGCAGGGCCCUCAGCACACACCUGCAGGUGGAGGUCACCGCCUCAAGGCGCACAGACUACCAGCUGUAUGGAGCUGCUGGUGGGGCAACCGCCGCCCCAAACUCCACCUCUUCCUGGGCGGGAGUGGACGGGGCGGAGGGCGGGGAGGGAGUGGAGGUCCCUGCAGGGAUCCCACAGAGCGAGGCGGCCCUGGAAGCUCUGCAGGACUGUAUAAAGAAAGUCCGCGAGGGCCCGCCCACGCUCACCACCGUGUGUUUUUACGCCUUUCACCACACGGAGCAGAUGUUGAACACCGCUGAGGUCUCAGCUGACAGCCGGCUCCUUGCUGCCGGCUUUGACAGCUCCACCGUGAAACUGUGGAGCCUCCGAGCCAGAAAGCUGAAAGCCAAACCGCAUCAGGCGGACGUGUCACGCAUACACCUGGCCUGCGACGUACUGGAAGAGGAAGUCGACGAAGAGGACGGCUCCGGCAGCGAGAUAAAAACGCUGCGAGGUCACAGUGGCCCGGUGUUUCGUACUGCGUUUUUGACGGACAGCUCCGGUCUGCUCUCCUGCUCCGAGGACACGACCAUCCGCUACUGGGACCUGGGUAGCUUCACCAACACGGCACUGUAUCAGGGUCACGUUUACCCGGUGUGGGACGUGGACGUCAGCCCCUGCAGCCUUUACUUCGCCAGCGGCUCCCACGACCGGACCGCCCGCCUCUGGACGUUCUCUCGCACUUACCCGCUGCGGCUCUACGCCGGCCACCUCGCCGACGUCGACUGUGUCAAAUUCCACCCAAACUCUAACUACCUGGCCACCGGCUCGACAGACAAGACUGUCCGGCUGUGGAGCACCCAGCAGGGGGCGUCUGUCCGCCUCUUCACUGGCCACCGUGGCCCCGUGCUGUCUCUCGCCUUUUCACCAAACGGGAAAUACUUGGCGUCCGCCGGCGAGGACCAGAGGGUGAAGCUGUGGGACUUAGCUUCAGGCACGUUGUUCAAAGACCUGCGGGGACACACGGACAGCGUCACCAGCCUGUCCUUCAGCCCGGACAGCAGCCUGGUGGCAUCCUCGUCUAUAGACAACUCGGUCCGGGUGUGGGACAUCCGGAACUCCCACGGCGGCACGCCAGCCGACGGCUCGUCCAGCGAGCUGGUGGGAAUGUACACUGGAAACACGAGCAACGUGCUGAACGUCCAGUUCAUGGCCUGCAACCUGCUGCUGGUGACGGGAACUGCACAGGAGAAAGCAGAACCAUAGCCAAAGCUGUCCGGCUUUUUGUGUGGAAGUUUUGGAGAGUUUGAAUGUCUCCAGAUGUUUGCGGACACCGGUUUUCUUCCCCGAGCUGCUGAGAGGUUAAAGGUCACCCCCCUGCACAGGACUUUUCCUCAGUAGUUCUUGGUAUAGAAAAGAAAAAAGAAUAAAUAUCUUUAUUUGUAAUCCACAACUCUCCUCUUUCUACAACAGAUUUAGAUAUUCAGUAAUAGAUAAAUUACAAUUUAUCCUUGUUGGUCUUUUUUCUAUUUACCAAAGCAUCUUCACUAGGUGUCAGUAUUAAAAUGUUCUUCCAUUUCUCUCUUGGUUUGUCUCUGAGCUGACCUACUGAAGGUUUUGAGUAAUAAAAAGUGUAAAUAGCCUUGUUGAGGAAAUUUCUACUGAAACAAAGGCUGUUAUUUUUCGCACUAUUCUGUGAGCGGCAUGAACUGUGCAAUGCUUCAAAAAGUGUAAAUAAACUGUAUUUUUGUAAUAUUCUGGCUGCCGAGAGUUGCCACCCAGGUUGUGCUUAAUGAGGGCUAAAAAAAAAUACUGACUUAGAAACUGAUUUCAUACAUUCAGAGUGUGAUGAGUUUUUUUAUAUAGUUAUUUUGAAUAUUUCAUUUGUAAAUUCAGCCUGGAAGUUGUCCUUUUAUGUUUGUCAGUAAACUUUUGUUCCCUCCUGUAGCCCCACAAACAAGGAAUAAAUAACAGAAUUUAUUUGAA